AUGAAACUAGUUGGAGUUUAUGCUACAACGUUAGCAGUGCUGGUCUCUGUUGAUGCUUUGGGCAGCUCAGAUGGAGCCAUCGCCAAUAUUAGAAACAAGUUCACCAAGCGUGACUUGUCAGAGUAUGUCAACGAUUACUCUGAUGACCUAGCUCGCAGUUUCUCCAAGAGCAAAGAUGAGUUGAUCAAGGAACUUGAAGAGAAGUGGGAGUCUGCCAAGGAUGCCACUGGCUACAACAACCAAGGGUGGUGGAACACCUGGGGCAGUGACCAGUACCAAUUCCCAUGGCUAGGCGGUGUCGAUUCCGCUAAAUCUAAGGCCAAGAAGAAGUCUUCCGAAUUGAAGAACUGGUUCUUUGACUCCUGGUCUCAGGACUCGCUAAUGAAGUUCUUGGCCAAGUACGACUUGCCCCACGAGGCCAACCAAUCUAAGGACCAAUUGAUCAAGACUAUCAAGGACAACUUUGACACCAUCUCAAAGAAAUUGGAAGUCUCUGGUUACUAUCCAUCCUCCUCAUACUUCGAUGACUGGUCUAACAAGGAUCUACAGGACUGGCUAGACCACUACAAGAUCAAGUAUGAUCAGACCACGGACAAAAGGGACCAAUUGAUGAGCCUAGUUAAGAAGAAUAUCUACAAAGUCUCUGAGGAUGUGGACAACAAGCGCCUUGACCUUUUGAACCAACUCGACCUUGCUAAGCUGGACUUAUUUGACAAGGCAGGUGAGAUCAAGGGCACUGUGUUCGACACCUGGAACUCCGACCAAAUUGAGAACUGGCUGAAGAGCCACGGUGUCUCAGUCAAGGAGAACGCCAAGGAUCAAGCCGACUACUUGAAGAACUUGGCCUCAACGCAUGCCAACUUGUUGAAGGAUGAUGUCGAGUGGUACACCCAGGAGAUGCAGGACACUGCUACACCAUACUUGAAGAAGUCUGCUGACACUGCAUUGCAAUACUCCAAGAGUAGUUUCUGGAAUUUGUUCUCAUUCUUCAAGAGGAAGACUGGCGAGACCGUUGAUGCUGUGAGCCAAUAUGGUAUGGACACUUGGGACAGUGCCAAAUUGAAGGCGUACCUGGACAGCUACAGAGUGAAGUAUGCCAAGGAUGCCACUGAGCAACAACUGCGUGACUUGGCUGUAUCCACCAAGAACAAGUGGUUCAAGAGCCUACCAAAGGAAUACACUGACGACUUUGUUAGCUGGUUAAAGACCAAGAAGAACAACAUCGCCGGCCAAGGCUCCGACACAUACGACUACAUUGUCAACGAGUUGACCAACGUGCAGAAGGGUGCUGCCAACAUGAAGGACGACGUCGCCAACAAGUUCAUGGACUCCUUCCAAGGCUGGUCCACGGACGACUUGACUCAGUACUUGAAGAAAGUUGGUGUGAACGUCAAGCAAGGCAUGUACAGCCAGGACGAGCUCGUUGCCAUGGCCCGCGAGAACACCCAGUGGCUGUUCGGCAAGAUCCAACCUGAACCAUGGUACAAGAGAGCCGCACGCAGAGUCUCCGACACGGCCUCCAUGGUAUACAAUGGUGUGCUACAUUAA